CAUGAAGGUAAAUUUUUUUAGGAAUGUGUACCAGACCGUUGGAUCUUCACGUUUCCUGAGAUAACUUGUAAUCGUAUCUAAAAUUGUGAAAUAUUUUGUAGAUUCAUUUUAACACUUGAUGAGACUGAGUCAAUAAAAACACUGCCAUGACUGCUGCCAAGCGUCCCCAACCUGAAAACAAACCAUCAUCUCUUCUAUCACUUGAAGAAAAUGAUCAACUUUUUAAGCUCAUUGGCUUACGCUGCAAGAGUAUGGCAUCAGCUGUGGUCCAGGUAUGUUUUGCUGAUCCACCCAGCAGAUCCCAAUGGAACUUACGGCAUUGUGGUGUAUUGUGCUUCAUUAAGGAUAAUAUCAAGCGUUCCUAUUAUUUGAGGGUAUUUUGCCUGGAUAGGCAAUCUGUUGUUUGGGAACAAGAGUUGUACAGCUCUUUUGAAUACUGUGCACCAAGACCACAUUUUCACACUUUUGAAGGGGAUGAUUGUCGCGUUGGGCUAAAUUUUGCCAAUGACGCAGAGGCAGAAUUCUUUUUGGUGGCUAUAAAAGAGAAUAUGAGAAUCAAAUCGGAAAAACGAGAGCGUCGACGGUUAUCGCAGCAACAGUUGCAGCCAUUGGUGAAACCGACCCCAGUGGCUACCAACGGAUCAGCAUCGAAAACUACAGUGCGAACGACGACAACCACAAACAGCGUGAUGACUAAAAAGUCAAAAAAAGACAAAAACAAGAAAAUUACGAAAGCGGACAUCGGACUACCGUCAGAUUUCAAACAUCUUAGCCAUGUCGGGUGGGAUCCGAACCAGGGAUUUGCUCUAGACAACGUCGAUCCCAAUCUGUUAAAGUUUUUUGCCAGAGCCGGCAUAUCAGAGAGCCAUUUGAAAGACAAAGCCACGCGUGAAUUUAUCUACGAUUUUAUUGACAAACAUGGAGGGAAGGAAGCAGCCAUUCGUGAAAUAUCGAGUUUACAACCUAAUGCAGGAUUGUUCUCAGCUCCUCCGGUACCAGCGAGAAACCCGCCAUCGACGCCACAGACGGCAAGAAUGGCACCUCCUGCGCCACCCAUGGCAGCUCCUCCACCACCGCCUUCCAGAAUAAUUGCUUCUCCGCCGCCUAUUGCCCCACCAGCACCUCCUCAGCGCGCCCCUCCACCAAAAAUGGCUCCGAUAACUACAACCGUACCACCACCUCCGCCUGUAGGUGCUCCUCCUCCCCCUCCGCCACCUCCGCCGCCGCCAUCCUUUGGUGGGCCUCCCCCUCCCCCCAUUCCUUCCUUGACUGUAUCAGCUCCAUCGCCUUCUUCUUCUCCUGCCCAGCCUGAUGUUCGCAGUGCACUGAUGGACGCUAUUAAAGAAGGGCAUAAGCUCAAAUCAGUUCCAGCUGAUUCCGAUUCAUCGAUGAAGGCCGGCCCGAAGGCAUCGGCUGCACCUGAUACACGCAACGAUUUGUUAGGUCAAAUACGAGCAGGCAAAGAACUGAAGCCAGUGGAGAAAAAGGCAAGCUCAGUACCCGUCAGUGACGAUGUCAUGGAAGGGAUGGCUGGAGCUCUGGCCCGUGCUUUAGAGGAAAGGUGCCGUGUCAUCCAUUCCGACAGCGAUGAGAGUGGACAAGACCAGGAUGAAGACGAUGAUUGGGACGAUUAAUUGCACGAUUAAUUGCACGAUUAAUUGCACGAUUGAAAAGUCAAAACCCUGUAUGAAUGCCGUUCCUCAUUCUUGAUUUUGACGUAGUAUUAUUUUAAGGAGACUUAUUAGUCUUAUGUCUUUCAUUGGAAGUUACUUAUUUGCAAUACUGCUUCUGCCUAUAUCUUCCAGUGUUACGAGCUAUCCAUUUACGCGUUUAAGCCGCACAAAGAUUCUUUUAAUAACCGCAACCCAACUGUGACAGCCGUUGCACAUAUUGCUAUUUGCAAGAUAGAAUUUAGAAUAUUAGAAACUCGAAGAGUAGCCCAGAUAAUGAUGUGUCUCUCUGUUAGAACGAUCGUGUUUUCUGUUUUAUCCCCACGUUUUUGCUUCGCUAAAUCCACCCAUGUCUUUUCUAGUUCUGAAAUGUAUUACACCAAUGUGUUAUUAUCACA